CAGUGACGCUGGACGAAGGUGUUUGCUAACCACCGACAGACGCCCGACGUGGACGCGUUUCCAGGAGUUUCGAAACUUCGGUCCGCUCUCUCCAUUUGACCAAAGACCAUGAACACUUUAGCCAGAUUCACCGCGCGGUGUCUGCGCUCCCCGGCGGCCAGUUCUCUUCCCAGAGCGGCUGAGGCACGCGCGUGGACCGCCUCGGCCCGGCUGCUGUGCUCGGCGGUGGACCUCCAGAAAGACCUUGGGCAGAUGGUGAAGAAGGACAAAGUGGUGGUGUUCAUGAAGGGCACGCCGGCUCAGCCCAUGUGUGGCUUCAGCAACGCCGUGGUCCAGAUCCUGCGGAUGCACGGCGUCGAUGGUUAUGCCGCUUAUAAUGUGUUGGAGGACCAGGAGCUCAGAGAAGGCGUCAAAACCUUCUCCAACUGGCCGACGAUCCCUCAGGUUUACUUCAACGGCGAGUUUGUGGGCGGCUGUGACAUCCUGUUGCAGAUGCACCAGAAUGGAGAUCUGGUGGAGGAACUGAAGAAGCUGGGCAUCGACUCGGCGCUGCUGGACGCUGAGAAGGAGUCCAAGUAAAACCCGGACAGUGAGUCGGAGGAUCCACCACUCACGUCUGCCCAGAUGGCGAAGCUGAACAUUGGAGGAACGUUGGACGCUGCAAAGCCCUCAGGUGUCUAUCAAGACUCAAACCACGUCCCAUUAGCCAUUUGAAAUACUUCAAAGUUUUCCACCAACUGUUGAAUAACUUUUAAUCCCAAUGAAAACCAGCUGCUUAGUGGCCUGGGAUGUCUGACAAUAUUUCAUAUCACUGUGCCUCCAUGGAGUUCUUCCCAGGAAUCUGUUGCAGGUUGUGUUGUCCUUCAUUGUCCAAGGUCGUCUGCUGUAUUCGAUUGUUGUCCAAGCAGUAGUCAUGCAGUACACUGUAACAUAUUGUACAUUAUGACAUUGUAGCGCGAUGACGAUGCACUUAUGAUUAAAUAUUUUGUGACACAACUGUGCAUGUGUCAUGUGUCUCUGGUUGUGAGGGAACUAGCAGGAAGCAGAGUGAAGGCAAAAUUUAAAAGGCCAGUGGCGCCGUGACACAUACACAAACCA